AUGAAAUCCGACUCGGAAACUUCCUCAAGCUCUGAAGAUGAGGAUGAAGAUGGUUGGCUUGUUCCCGAAGGUUAUUUGUCAGAAGACGAAGAAAUACAAGAAUCUGAUGUAGCGUCAUCGGAAACGACACCCACAAAGUCACGUCACUCUAAGAAGAGUAAUCGAGAUCAUCAUCAGAAGAGGCCAAAGAUAGUACAACCCUUAAAACCUAUUGCAAUAGGCUCUCUUUUCGAAGACGAGUUCGGUGACAAAAAUCAUCCACUUGCAGAAUACCAAAUGUUGAUACUGACAAAAGAUUCAUUACCUUUGAAUCCGUUUGCUGCCACGCAAGUCAUUCCAAAUGAAACAUCUUCAACUUUGCCCAUUGUUAUUAAAUCCAAUAUUAAGGGAAAAGGAAGAGGUAUUUUUACCACUACUGCUACUGCUCAUACUACCCAUGAGGCCGAAAAUUUGCUUUCCCAGAAUAAACCCAAAGCGGCUUCGAACUCGGGGCCUGGACAGACAAUGUCGUCGGCAUUAACAUUAUCGUCAACAUCUCAAUAUACCAUCACUGACUCCCAAUCUAUGAAUAGAGGAAGUGGAUCAAAUUCGAUGAAUUCAAUGAUGUUCACCUGGGCAUUAUCACCGCCAAAAACUCCGAAUAUGGUUACUAGCGAGACCGAUACUAAUAGCAUUACUACUACAGGGUUACAAAUCAAACCUUGGGUACCAAAGAGCAGUAAACCGGAUUCAACACCUAAAAUCCAAGAUGCCGCAACUCCAUUUCCCGGAACAUCUGUAACAAAUGUUUCAUCAACGAGUACCGUGGAUUUGAUUGCUGAUGAUUCAAACAAGAGAAAAAGAGACAAGGAAGGACAAUUGUUAAAUCAAGACGCUAAUUCAUCGUCUACAAAGAAACUAAAAAAAUUGCCCGAAGAUGGAACGGGAAUUUCAACAAUUGUAGCAGAAACAAUAACAACGAAAGAACCGUCAUUUAUGCUCAUUGAUUAA